AUGAGGCGGCCCACGUACGUCGCCGCGGCGCUGCUGCUCGCAGCUCUAUCGCCGUCUCUGGCGGCCGACGCUGACCCCGGAGCGUCACCGCCGCUGCCGUCGCCGACGGCGGCGACCAAGACCUCCACCACCACUGCCUCCGCGACCACGACCACGACCACGACCACCAGCGCGAGCGGCACGACCUCGGGCGGCGGCGCGUCCGUGACGCGCACGGCGCUGCACGUGUCGCGCAGCCUGGACCCGGCCGGCACGGAGACGCUGGCGGUGCGCACGCGCUCCGGCGACGUCGCGACGCUGCUGGUGAAGCGCCGCGGCGCCAAGGCGGCGACGCCGCCCCCGCCGCGCCCCGUCAGCGUCGUGUCGCCCGCGCUGACCGUCGGCGACGCCGGCGCCGGCGCCGGCGGCUCGGACCGCAGCGUCGCGGUCAGGGGCAAGCUGACGUUCGCCGACCCUCACCACCAGGCGUCGACGCUCGACGUCGUGCCGCGGCCCGUCAAGGUCGUCUUCGGCGAGCAGGCGUCGCCUUCGCCGUCGGCCAAAGCUCUGUUCCUCCAGCCCCAGGACUCCACUGACGGUUCGUACCGACUCACUAGGUCUGUUAUUGGAAGAAAUACGUUUAAAAACAAGGAACAGGUACCAUAUGUAAAAAAGAACAAAUACCACAUAAAGGGAUACAUCGGUGGCUGUCACCACGUCUGUAGCUCCAGCGUGUCGAUCCGCGUGUCCCCGGUGGGCCUGGUCUUCAAGGACGACCCCCCGGCGGCGUCGGCCGGCGGCCGGCAGGAGCGGCUGGUGUCGCAGCCCCUCGGCGUGCCGGCGCCGGUCUUCGUGAGCUCCGGGAAGCUGCUGGUGGCCGGCGACGCCUCGGCCAGCAAGGACUCCUCCGAGGACUGGUGGCGCCGCCAGAAGAGCGUGCUCAAGGUGGGCGCCGACGGCAUCCCCGUGGUGCACGGGGUGCGCGUGCCCGACGACGAGGCCGACCGCUUCCAGACGUGGCGCAACGCGCGCGUCGUCGACAACGUGCUGGUGCCCAACGCCUGGGACGCCGCCAACCCUGCAAGGUCGGUAUCUGCGGACCACUCUGGCUGGGAACCGGCCAGGCCAACCCCAGCACCGGAAGCUGCCGGCACCGCAGAGCAGGGAGACGACGGCUUCCAGCCCAUCCUGCAGCGCGUGGCGACGCUGGAGCGCGACCCGAGCAGGGACCGCCUGCUGGACUACAUCAGCGCCGUCAACAGGAGGCACGCCUUCGGCAUCCACGGCAGGAGGUCUGACCCGGCCGCCACCCAAUACCAGCAGUUCAGGGCCAGGCUGCUCCACCACCCCGGCGCGCAGGUCUACCCCACGGCGGCACUGUAUGCUGCAGCGCCUCAGCAGAUCAAGCCGCCAAAGGUGCUGUCCUUCGAGGAAGGCGUGCGCCCGCCCGUGCUGCACUACGCUCACCCAGAGCUCGGGGUGCAGCCGGCCAAAGUGGUCCGCAAGAAGGACGAGGACGGCGAGGACGCGGAGGACGAGGGCUCGCUGAGUGACGUCGAGGUGGAGCGCGACGAGGACCUCGACCGCAGGAGGGCGACCCACCCCCAACCCCAGCCCCAGCCCCAGACCCAGACCCAGACCCAGGGUCAGAGCCACACCCACGGCGGUGACUCCAGCGCCAGGAGGGGAGGCGGCCGGCAGGCGGACCGCGAGGACUCGGAGCGCACCGCGGGCAACUCCCUGGCGCUGUCCUACUUCGCCGACGACAUCCACAGCGACCGCAGCCCCUACGUCGGAGGCUUCGAGGUGGCCGACCCCGAGACGGUGGACAUCACCACGUCCAAGCCCGAGGAGCCCCGCGGCAAGGCACCGCCGCCACAGCAGCAGCAGCAGCAGCGUCCAGCCAAGGGCCGGCUGCAGGACCCCGACACCUACGGCCUCGCCAGCGACAAGUACGUCCGCCGCUUCCCGUACGGCGGCUACGUGGACGGCGGCGACAACCUCCACCUGCACAGGUUCGCCCCGCACGGGAAGCCGGCCUACUACUACCCCGUCGUGCAGAGGGUCGAAGAGCGCCCCUUCUGGGAGAAGGUAGCUGAGGCCAUCAGGGAGAAGGUGCAGAUCGGGGUGGAGAGGAUGUCCGACCUGACGCGGCCGGUGAUGGAGCCGCUGGUGGAGGCGACGCACAAGAUCUCGCACAACCUGGGGCUCGGCGUCCAGGCUCCGGGCUCGGGCUUCCAGGACAAGAUGGGAGGCGUGGCGGCGGUGGCGGCGGCGCACCCGGCGCUGCUGCCGGCGCUGGGGCUGGUGGCCGGCGGGGCGGCGCUCGGCCUGGGGGCGGUCGCCGUGGGCCGCUUCCUCGACGUCGACCCCCUGCGCCGCAGCGGCGACGACGCCGGCGCCGACCUGCCGCUGGAGCACAAGCGCGCGCUCCAGGCCGUCGCGGAGUCGCUCGGGGACCCCCAGCAGGUGGUCGUCUACAGGCCGGCCACCGACGCCUCCGACCAGCGCCCGAAGAGGGCCUCCGGCGACCGCGACCGCGACGUCAUUCUGGUGCUCGAGGAGGCACCCGGUACACCAGUCAGGACCAAGAGGUCUACACCGGCACUGAGCGUCCCGAGCUUCAACUACGGGCUGUGGACGGGUGCGGCGGCAGCUGGUGGCGCUCCUGCGUUGGGCGGCGAGGACGCGCAGGAGAGGUUCCUGGAGGAGGCCUGGAGUGGCGCCAGCCGCGACCACAGCGCUGCCCAGCGGGUGGCUGGCGCCAGCGGACCGGCGGCGUGGACGCACACGCCCUGCGCCAAGAGGCUGUUCUGCGAGGCGCUGCUGUCGCAGUCGCACGACGCCGCGCUCUUCAUGGAGAAGAGGAUGGCCGCCUUCCUCGCGCUGGUCCGUGGCGACGCAUCCGUGACGCACCACCUAAACGACGUCAUGUCGGCCGUGAGGAGGGGGGACUGCUCGGUAUUCGCCUGCUCGUCUCUGCCGGGACCGCGGUAGAUGGCGCCACCGAGCGACUUGUCGAGGCUGCGCUGAGGUGGCCACGAGAAGGCGGUGACGCGAGGCGAUCGAGAAGGCGGCGGAGUGCUUCCACCGCCUGUGUCAGAGACGCUAACGGCGACUGGCCGAUGGGCCACACUGUGUGGUGUUCUGAUAACCUAGCGAACUGGAGCCUCUCUACCGCCACUGACGUUCGGUUGACUCUAACGCUCGCAACUGAGAAAUGCCCUGCACAAGGGAAGAGGAGAAUUUACUGUGACACGUACAGUAAGCACGAGCAGGUCCAUCCGUCCUUACUCAAAGCAAGAAAGUCCGUCCACUGCAUCACAUUCAGCAGAACUGUUCCUUGGGAGAAAUAAGGCUGUUUGCAGCUCGUAUUGUACGACACGAACCAGCAGACACGCAAACGCACUAAAAUAUUUUUACUGUUCUCUAAGAAGACUCUACCACGAUCAGACUGCCUCGACAGAAAUCGAAUGGCAUUGACAGGUAUUUAUCGCUGGUCGCUGCCAACGUUAGCUAGCAGACGACUCAAUGUUUCAUGCGCCUACGUCAGUACAAAUAGAAAUGAAAAGCAUUAAAAUGUUAAAUGCAACAGAGUUCUGCAACAUCUUAUUUAUUGGGAUGUUUGUCGCAUUUAACAUUGUGUUGGCUGCAAGCUUACAAUAGUAGCAGCCAGAGGGCGCUCUACACCUGUCACUGUAUUUCGAUUUCUACCGUUUCAGACACUCGCUGAUAGUGCACGUACAGUAAUGAAUCUUCAACGCAACUAGCUUCCUAACGGAAUUUCCCAUGAGAAAGCCAAUCUCAGACGUGUUGUUAGAAUUCUUGUUCACAGACGGAUUCGUCAUUCGCCCUCAACAUCUCAGACACAACAAAAGUCACUGUUGCGACAAGUGUAGACAACAUCCAGCUGACCCUCCAUUUCAGAACUACAGAUUGUGGUGUUCUGAGACACAAGACAUGUGAACUGUUUUAGUUGAACAAAGUGUAAUCUCGCAUCUAAAACUAUUUUCUCUCUCCUUCUUUGACUUUUUUCCCUUUUUACUCCAGGCCUGCUGACUGAUAGAAUGCGAGAACUGGUGACACAACAACUGAGUUGUUUAAAGACCCUUCUGUCGCAAACUUAGAAGUAAAAAAUGACCUCAGAUAUAAAAUGCAAGUACAUAAAUUGGACAUAAAAUAUAGUAACUUCAAAGAAUGUACAUUUCAUCUAUUAC